AACGUAAUGUAAGAUGGAUUAAUUGCGUUCAAUGAUACUAUCAGCUCCUCCGUACACAGAAGAAAAUACUACAAAGUAGACCUCAUAAAGGAGCAGAUAUUCUACAUUUUGCACCUUUUAUUUCAUUUUACUACAUUUCUACGAUCAUGAUAACAUUAAUGAGAAGUUGCUUUACGUGAAAAUAUGAAAUUUUCGACCAGGAAAUGCUAUCCUGUGGUUCCCGAAGGACUUGACGACAGUGCGAAACGCCUUGGGGCCGGCUUUGCAGCCGCACAGCUGCAGCACAGCACAGCUGAGAGAAAAGGUAGUCUUCCCGUACCAUGGCAAAGGUAGACAUCAAUUCUGCUGAUGUAGAUGCCCUGACAUCUCUACUCGGUGUGGGGAGGAACAGAGCUGAAGCUAUCGUCCAGCAUAGAGAGGCCUCUGGGGGAUUCAACAGCAUCCAGGACCUGAUCACAGUACCUGGUAUCGGGAGCAAUGUGGUGGAUAUGAAUAGGAACCGGCUGCAGUGCCGUACGAACCAUGAUGAUAGGACUCAGUCAACACCUUCCUCUAACCUCAGAAACUCUUCCCUUUCAUCAUCUUCAUCAUCAUCGUCAUCAUCGUCUCCAUCAGUAUUUACCCCCUCGCAAUCAAACUCUUCAUCUCAUGCACCAAACAGCAGUGGCCUCAUGCGGCGUGGCAGGUACGCGCAAGUUCGUACUCUAUACUCCUCUUCCUCCGCCAGCCAGACGCAUCAUUCGUCAAGCACGAGCAGUAGUGGCAGCGGCAGUACCUUCGGCUUUCGUAGGAGAACAACUCGAUUGGGAAGCAUUCUAGAACCAAAGACAGAGAGUGACUGCAAUGGCAAUAAUGACACGUGUCCUAGUCCUCCUGCCCCGGCGAUCGCGAAGGUCCUCCGGUCCGGCCCCAUUGCUGUAGGCGGAGAUGGUGAUCACUCCGCGUCUGAGUCCAAGGUGGCCAAGCGGAAAUCGGAGCCGCCAGUGAAUGAGGAAGCAUCGACCAGUAAGAAGACGUGUAAACCACCCAAAUGCAAGGGAGGCAGCAUAGUUCCCUAUCCAAUGUCAACGGCAUUGAGGUCACAUGGUUCUUCGUCGUCGGGGUCACCGCAGCGUAAACGAUUGACGUCUUUUCUCCAACAAUCAACUCCUCCGUCCAACCUUGCCACCUGGCUUAAAAUGUUCCAGGGCUGGAACCAGUCAGAAAAGAAGCGAGCCCUGGAUGACCUCAUAGAGAGAUGCGAACCCUCCCAAGUAAGGCAUAUCAUGUCCAUCAUUGAACCUCAGUUUCAGAGGGACUUCAUCUCAUUAUUACCCAGAGAGUUGGCUCUCUACGUCCUGUCUUUCCUGGAGCCGAGGGACCUCCUGCGCGCUGCCCAAACCUGCCACUACUGGCGGAUCCUCUGCGAAGACAACCUCCUGUGGAAGGAGAAGUGCAGGGAGACCGGCAUCGAGGAGCUCAACGGCAAACAGACCAAGAGGAGGUCCAACUCCGGUGUCCCCCGGAGUCCCUGGAAGAGCAUGUACCUGAGGCAGCAUCAGAUCCAGUACAACUGGAGGUUUGGCGAGAUCAAGACUGGGAAGGCAUUGAAAGGUCAUGAUGAUCAUGUGAUUACAUGCUUGCAGUUCAACGGUCAGCGGAUUGUUAGUGGUUCUGAUGACAAUACACUCAAAGUGUGGUCAGCUCUUACUGGCAAGUGCUUGCGGACAUUGGUAGGACACACCGGUGGCGUCUGGUCAUCUCAGAUGAAUAACAACAUUGUCAUCAGUGGGUCAACGGAUCGGACGCUGAAGGUCUGGAAUGCCGACACUGGACACUGUAUACACACGCUCUACGGUCACACGUCAACGGUCAGGUGUAUGCACUUGCAUGGCAACAAAGUGGUCAGUGGGUCAAGAGAUGCUACUCUAAGGCUAUGGGACAUCGAGACCGGCCAGUGCCUUCAUGUCCUGAUGGGUCACGUGGCAGCGGUCAGAUGCGUCCAGUACGAUGGCCGACGGGUGGUCAGUGGGGCCUAUGACUACACGGUCAAGGUCUGGAACCCAGAGACGGAGGAGUGUCUACACACGCUGCAAGGUCACACUAACAGAGUCUAUUCAUUACAGUUUGAUGGUACCCACAUAGUGAGCGGUUCCUUGGACACGUCUAUACGGGUCUGGGAUGCAGACACCGGUGAAUGCAAGCACACGUUAACCGGUCACCAGUCUCUGACCAGCGGCAUGGAGCUGAAAGACAAUAUCCUGGUAUCCGGGAAUGCAGACUCCACGGUCAAGAUCUGGGACAUCACGUCCGGUCAGUGCUUACAGACGUUGCAAGGUGCCAACAAACAUCAGAGCGCUGUUACAUGCCUUCAGUUCAAUCGUAAAUUUGUGAUCACAUGUUCUGACGAUGGCACCGUCAAGCUAUGGGACUUGAACACUGGUGAAUUCAUUAGAAACUUGGUGACUUUGGACAGCGGGGGCAGUGGGGGCGUGGUGUGGCGGGUCUGCGCCAAUCCAACAAAACUGGUGUGCGCGGUCGGAAGCCGCAAUGGCACGGAAGAGACGAAACUGUUGGUGUUGGACUUUGAGCCAGAUCCAAGGCUCUGACCAGAGGUUAUGGCUAGGAAGUAACAGGAAUUGUUGCAGCUGCAGUGGUUUGUGUUACUUCUGUGAAAGAGAGAGAAGCCAUCACGAUUAAGGCAACAGGAGCUGUAGCAACAUCUCCUCUUGGUCGAUUGCAGAUGUCGGCUAGGAAGAGACGGGAGGCUUCAUAGUUAAAAAGAAGUCGUGACUGCAGUAGUAGGAGCUUUAGCAACCUCUCCUCGUAGUCGAUUACAGUGGUCGGCUAGGGGGAGACAGGAACUUACGCAGCCGCUGAGAUUGGAGUCUUUGCAGUGAAAGAGAGAAAAGUUGCCGUGACUGCAGGAGACGUCUCUUUAGAGAUGUCUCUUUAUAGUCAAAUGCAGAUGUCGGCUCAGAAGAGACGAGAGUCUUCACAGCUGCCGAGUCUUUUCAGUCCAAGAAAGAGUAGUUGCAGUGACUGCAGAGAGAGUGACUACUCUUAGUUGGUAAGAGAUGUCCUGCCACAAAGAUAUCAGAAGCGUUGCAACUUCGACUGAAGAGUGAUGAUUGCAGAUAUCCUUCUGGUUCUGUGAGACUGAUUCAAAUUGUAUUAAAUUCACACUGUCUUCAGGUUCAAAGGUUGGACAGAACUACCAGGAUGGAAUGCAUUUUGUUGUGAAUUGCAGUAUGAGAGUGAAGUGGAUUAUUGAAUGCCAAAGGUUGCUGUGGGUUCUUUUAGAGCAGCUAAGCAGAAUGAAGAGAAGGGAAUUCACAAGACCCUGUGAGAUAACGUAGAGCCUCAUCCUGCACCAAAUUUAAAUGGAGACAAUGAGAUGAGAAAGCCAGUCACAUAAUCAGAGUCCUGUAUUAAUAUGAUAUAAUGCCACAUGUUGAAAAUACUGAAUUGCCUAAGGAGCAAUCACACAUGGCCAAAGCUGGAUCCUGCUUCAUAAAAAGGUGUUCUAGUAACAAAUUUACAAUAACAGUUUAAAGCUACUGAAAUCAGUAAAUUUGAUUGGAUAAUGGCAAAUUUGUUAUAGAAAUUGUGCAUUUGUUUUUUAAAAACAAGUCUUUGUGAAACAAGACCGAGAUCCAUUCCUGGCAUCUUGAACCAUCAUGAACAAAUAUCAUUGGUAUUGAUGGGAAAAUUACUGAAAUGCCAAACAAAAUUUGCGAUGUGCUGCUGCUGCCUUUUAAUAGUUUUGUUAAUCAUAUUAGAGGAGAGGGUAAUAUAGGUUUUAAAGCAGAGGUUAUUAUCCAAGGGUUUCUCAAAGAUAAAGGUAUUGAGAAUUGACUUCUUGUAUUUCUAUUGAGUUGGUUAUCAGUAGCUUGGUGGAGAGAAUAUAAUUGUGUGGGCCUGGGGACUAUAUUUUUAAAAUAAUCAAAAGGCAAGGUUUGAGGUUUAUUCUCUGUAAAGAGUAAAGGAAACAGUUUAGAGAGUUACUGUAAUUUUGGUGAUCUUUCCCCAUGAUUGCUUGUGUAUGUACAUCUAUCUAUCUAUCUAUCUAUCUAUCUAUCUAUCUAUCUACAUGUAUCUAUCUAUCGAUCAGUGUAUCUAUGGUCAUGUGCCACGAGGUCGCCUACUUUUGCAUGACCUGGUGAUUUUUGCAAUUGCGCUGCCUUUUUAACUUCAAAAGUCUUUAUCUCUAAGUAUAUAGUAUACCUGAUGAUAGUAAAAGGUUUCUUCCAGGAGACAAAAUCUUCUUGUGUCGCAUGCCGUUGCACUGAGCCACCCACGUGGUCUACCUGCUGAGCGCUCUCAUGCAUCGUGUAUGGUGAACCUCAAUUAUUUGUCACCCAUUUACAAAGUUCAAUGACUUUCCAUUCUGUCAAGAAAGUUCAGGAGUUGUGAUUAUUCACAAGAAAGAGUUGCAGUUUGCUUCUCAUUCCAUCCGAAGCAAACUUUGACAAAAUGAACUUCACCCCUAAGUGACCAGUCCUGAUACAUGUAAGUGAUGAUGCUAAUAAUGUGCCCUUUGAAGGGACUUGGUGUUUGCUUUGCCAUAUAUUCAAUUCAAACCUUGACAAGUAUGUUGCUCUGUAGUUUUUUCUACUCUCUUUGGAAAGGUUGAAUUUCUAUUAAACGGUGAUCUUCUCAUUGUAAAGGCACCACUUGGUGUCAGAAUGCACUCACCAUGCCAGAAAGGAUGCAAUAUAUCAACUUCCAUACAUUUCUUUAUUUUCGUUCACGUCACAAUACCAUGGACUCUCAAGUACUUUGAUUUGUUUGUCAUUUUGCGGGCUUGCAGCAUACAUGAACAUUCAAAAAUGUAAUACUGUGAAUAUUGUUUUGUACUGUUUAGUCACCACUGCCAUUUAUAUGCAAUGUAUGAGUUCUUAGAUUUUAUUGUACAUGAAGGUCUUGGAGUCCAUCUUCUUCUGUUUGACAUGCUCACUGCUAUAUACAGUUAUGUGAUUGAGCUUAAAAUUCUAUAUCUUCGAUUUUAGCUUGUACAAAAGCCUGUAAAGAGAUAUCAGGUUUCAUUAUUUACUAUUAUUGAUUUCCUUUCAUGCUGACAUGUUUACUGACCAUGGCUGGCAUAAGCUUCUCACUACUUGUCAUCACCAUUAUCACACAUCCAAUAAUCGUAACAAUCAUCAUCAUUGUAAAUUCUGUUCAUCAUCAUUACAAUUAUCUUUAUCAUGAACAUCGGAGACCAUGGCCCCUUCUUACAAAGAGCUGUGAUUGAUCCGAUGAACCACAAAUAUGGAAAGCCGGCAACGCCAACUUCUUAAAUGCAUGUUUGUUCAAAGUAUUUUUAGUCCAGAUAUGAUGUAUACUCAUUGUUUUCUUGAAAAUUCAGUGUGCUUCUUUUUUUUUUACAAAGGACAUUGUGAAAAUUUCCUGUAGGAAAAGUUACAUUCAGGGAUUUCCAUACAGUUGGGGGUUGAUCAGAUCAAUCAUAACUCUUUGUAAGACGGAAGCCAGGUGGCUUCCAUCCUAACUGACCAGCAUACCAAGGGGUGAUUCUAUAUUGAUAAUCGACCUACUGUUUGUCCAACCUCUACAUUUUCUAUUUUUACUUUGCUUUGAGAACUACUCAAGCCAUAAUAAAGUGUUAGUAACAACCUUUCAUGUUAACUAUGGUCUAUCAUUCCCCUAUACCUGCAUAUAAUACGAGAUAGCAAAGCAAUUUCCUUGCAUGUACAUAUCAUAAUAAGAAUAAAGUUAUUUUUUCCGGGGUAUCCACUUUAGUUUCGAAAACUGUUGUACCAGUAGGCCCUGCUUAACAUGAUGAUGUUAUUAUUACCCUGGUUUUAGCUGCACCGCCUACAGGCACUCAAGCACUUGAGAAAUAUCUUCCUACUGGGUAACUAUACCUGGAUUGAGUGCAGCACAAUGUGGGUACAUUUCUUGCUGGAGGAAAACACGCCAUGUCUGGGAAUUGAACCCACAUCCCUCAGAUUGAAGGACGAGAGUCGUGACCAUUAAAUCGCAAUGCCCCCAGUAGUAAUUUGUAUGAAUGGCAUGCCACAAGGUUUUUACUCACUUGGGUCUAUGAUCGAUUGGUCUACUUUAUAGAGAGUCCAGGACUACAUUUGGUCCCCCUCAAUUUGGUCUAAUUGCCUUGUGAUCUACACUACAAUUUGUCUGAUACUCAGUCUGACGUCAAGUGGUCUAAUUUCAACUUUGUUUACUACCAAUAUUUUUUCGCUUUAUUUAAUGUGAAUUUUAUUUGUAAACAGCUCAUUAAACUAUAUACUAUUUGUGGAGCGUUGUGGCCCAGUGGAUUAGUCUUCUGUCUUUGAAACAGAGGGUCGUGGGUUCGAAUCCCAGCCAUGGCGUAAUAUAUUAUACCUAUAUUAUUAUUAUUAUACUACAUUGUGUUAGACCAAGUGGAUGUUAGGCGAAAUGGGUGUAGCCCAACUGGAAAUAUGACUGUAUGACAAAGUGGUAUAAUAGGCUAAAUGGCAAUGAGACCAAAUGGUCAGUAGAUGGACUGGUUGGUAGAUCAAGUUGGAUUAGACCAUGUGUGGUGAGACCAAACGGAAAGUCAACAAAACGUUUGUAGAUCAAUCAUCAAAUGACAUGUGUACCAUUAUCCUUGCUCAUUGGUUCCACAAGAAAUUUGCAUACGAAGCAGAAAAUAAUGUGCAAUAUUUUCCUCUCAUUUCCUUCGGAUGUUGAGCAAAUACGAAUUGACUUUUGACAAUGGAAACUUCAAGCUUUUCAGAAUAUAUUACCAAUGGAUUUUUACAUCAAAGUGCUUUGUUUGCCUAUCUUGCAAAGGUAGGACCUACAUGUAUGGUGUAUAGGAGACACUUCUGCAAUUUUUUUGUUCAUCCUGAAUGAUAGAAAUUACAUAUGGGAUAUGGGCCAGAAUACCAUGUGUGUAUAUGUAGGCAUUUAAAGUUAAAAACUUAUUAGCCUCUCAUUUAAUUCUCAUGAAUAAUUCCGCAACAUUGUUUUAAUAGCGAUGUACAGCAUUAGAACAAGGACAAGCAAAACUUUCUUCUGGGUAAAAUUUCUCUUGAGUUCUGAAAUUUCAACUAAAUGGACUUGAAGCUGUUUACAGCUGGGCUCUCCACCACUUGGAGGGGAGGUUGUUCCAUUCAUUGAUGCAUCUUUAUAGUAACUUUGCCAUCCAAUGGUAUCUUUGAUGGAAUCCGUGAUUUUCAUUGGCUGUUGGGCAUUGUAGACGUGGUAGUUACCAUUGGAUGGGAAAGUUACCAUAAUAGUAUUUUUUUGGUAAUAGGACCAUGAUUACAAAAAAAAAAAAAAAUGGGAAAAUUUCCAGCACAGUAUCUUGUUUGGUUGCUGAAU